UAAACGGCUUAAGAUGAUGAAAGCAUAAUCUGUCCAUGGGCGUGAGGAGCAUUGGAAUAUAUCCUUUGUGAAUACUAGAAAUUGCCAGCAUUUUUCUUCCUAUUCAAGAAUCAGUUUAAUUUGGUAUAUGUCCAUGGCUUCUCGGACCAUACCAAGCUCAUUGCGCUCAGCUGUGAAUUUUUCAUCAAAAUCCCAAAUUACUAGCAAGCCAUUGUCUUGCGUAACUUUUGGAGCGCUAAACAGACCCAGAAGUAGAAUUUCUGUUUCAAUUCGUGCGAUGGGCUCCUCAGCUUCUUCUCAAAAACCAGACACUGCUCAAGGGGCCAGCAAAGUAGAUUAUAGCUCUGUAAGCGAUGACGAGUGGAGGAAGCAGCUAACAAAGGAACAAUUUUACAUUACACGGCAAAAGGGUACAGAACGAGCAUUCACUGGGGAGUACUGGAACACCAAAACCCCUGGAACAUAUCAUUGCGUCUGCUGUGACACUCCUUUAUUUGAAUCAUCUACGAAAUUUGAUAGUGGGACUGGGUGGCCAUCUUAUUACCAACCCGUAGGAAACAAUGUGAAGUCAAAGAUGGACUUGUCUAUCAUUUUCAUGCCUCGUCAAGAAGUUCUAUGUGCAGCUUGCGAUGCUCAUCUUGGACACGUGUUUGAUGAUGGCCCUCCACCUACUGGAAAGCGUUACUGCAUCAACAGUGCUGCCCUGAAAUUGAAGCCAAAAUAGAAAUGUGCUGUGUGGAGAACCAAAGGGUAUUGAUUUCAUGACAUCGUGAAGAUAUAAAGUUGCAGAAUUUAUCAUAUGCAGGAAAUAUUGUUGCUUCUAAUAUUUUAAGCUUGAAGGUUUUCUUCUGUGUGAUAUAUUAAGUACAUUUCUGCUAAUAUAUAUGUUCACACAUUAUAUAGGAGUAAUAUAAGAGUGUAAAAUGUACACUGUUUCUGCAUAUUCUAUAUAAAUGUCUUACAUGUUCAUAGGUUUUGUUGUC